GCCAUAUUCUUACAAUAAAUUUUUUCUUACCUUAUAAUCAUAUCGGAAUUAUUUUUGUUAACCGCCAAAAUAAAUUGAUAUCUGUGAUCGAAAUGAGCUUACCAGGGGGCGGUAUGCCCGAGAAUAAGCUACCACAAUGCUGGUCGGACGACGUUCGCAUGAAUGCUUUAUUCGCUCCGUUCAGGAUUAAAACUGCAAAUCCAGAGUCCUGGGACAUGAAAAUGAAAUUUUGGUCUGAUAUGUUGAGACAAUGGUGUCGUUCCAAAAAGGAUCCUAUAGUCUCAGCAGCAGACGCGAAGUUCGCUUUUCAAAGAAAGGGGCGCACUUGCGCUUGUAUGGACAUUGUAGUCGAAGAACUGUACCGCAAUGGUGAAUUAUCACCUAUCUCGAAAUACCCACAAAUCCUCCACAAUGGACCUGAGGGCUGGAUGCGGUGGGGCGCGCGACUCGCUUUCAAGCCCGCUGCAUUUGCAAUAACAGCGGUGUCAUCACUGCUGCCAGCGCGACAAGCGCUUGAUAACGAUGGCCUCCCGAAAGCUAGUAUUGAUUCUACUCAGCGAUUCGUGCUUGAAAGUAUCGUGAAGGAACAAGCCACAGAACUCCUCCAGAAUUAUCCACCUGAAGCAGAACACAUUGGCACAAUAGAUGAGCUGAUGCGCAACUGCAACUUCCAACAGAGCAGGGAGACCUUUGAGAUACUCCUGGGGUACUUGGUAUCGCAAGAAGCUGCCGUGAAGAAGGAUGAUGUCGUCAAAAUAGCUGAGCCUCACAAGAAGGCCCAGCCUGUGACGGAGACGGACGAAGCGCUGGUGAAGCUCACGAGUGCGGAGACUCGACUGGCGGCCGACGCCAGUAGACUGGCGCGAGAUGUCGCAGCCGCCACCGCCCAGGCAGCAGCCUCGCUGCAGCUCGGGGACAGACUCGCCGCAAAAAGUCAUCUACGCCGCAAGCAUAACGUCCAAAAUCGCUUGACGCGCUGCGAAGGCGCGCUUGAUAAUGUAAGGCAAUUACUGCAGCAGAUGAAGGAAGUUGACGUCAACGCUGCUAUCGUAGAUACCUACAGAACAAGUUCUCAAGCAAUGAAGCGCGGAAUGAAGGAGGGAGGACUAGAAGAAGAAACUGUCCACGACACCUUGGAUGAUCUGAAAGAGGUAAUGGAUACAUACAAUGAAGUGGAGAAAGCUCUAGGCACCACUGUGGAGGACUUCGACGCGGCAGAACUGGAACAAGAGCUGAAGGAACUCCUGGAGACUAACGGGGGCGCCAGUGGGGGCACUCCCACGAAACCACAAAAAGAAGCCCCGAAAAUACCCCAACGGGCGCAGCCUCGUAAGGUAUCUGAACGCGAUUUCGUGUUCGACGGCGAGGAACGAAUCCUGGCCGAGUUAAACGAGCUGGACGUGGAAGACACCAGCCCGGAACCGAAGCCCAAGCCCUCGAAGGUACCCGUCGCGGAUUGGACUGCACCCGUGACGAGGGAGGUGAAGCCACCGGUUAAAGAGAAACCAAGCAAGCCCUGGUACCCGGCCGACGGGUGGUGUAACAACAAUGGCGAUUAUGCGGAACUCAGACAAGACGACCGGCUACAUCCGGGUCAACCCCUGAAUGUGGACUUCACUAGUCCCCCUCGCCUGUACAGCAUGGACUUCCAGGUCAGAGACCACAAAAUGGACGGCGGCGUGUGGUUGUACAACAGCAAAGAUAAUAAUAGCAACACCGAACUGGCCGGCACAGAGUAUUUUAGUUCCGAAAGUCCAGGCAAGACGGGUGGCAACUUCCAGAUGGCACCCGGCGGUGAGAGGAAGAAGCAGCCGGUAUCCUGGCCCAGGGAAGACGCGAAGGUCGAAGAUCUGGAGAGGCGAUUGAAGAAUCUACGCGGUUUUAAUUUACAAUGAUAUUUUUAGUUGUAAGUAUUCAGAAAUUUAUGUAAUAUAUAGUUUGAUUGUACAGGGUGUAGCGGGAAUCGUAUAAUAACAAGAUACAUGUUACGAUUAUACAGGAUGU